AUGUCAGAAGUUAAGACACAGCCAACGGUGUUGGCUAAACCUGUAGGAUGGUGUUCAUCGCUUGUUUGGGCGCGUGUGAUACGUGUGUUGCAGUUACUGUUUACCAUAGUGGCUUUGGCGCUAUGUGCACGUACAUCAGAUUUUUAUGAGGCUCCUUCAGAGGUUGCUUAUGCAACUGCGGUGUCUGUUUUCUCGUUAGUUUACUUGUUGGCGAUCUUUUUGGGAACUCUCUUUGGAGGGCCUUAUUUUAUGGUUGGUCCAUUGUUGGUGUCCGAGAUCAUAAUGUUGAUUAUGUGGUUUGCUGCAUUUAUCGCGAUGGCAGUUUUCGCUGGCGGGGCCCCUUGUUCCUUUUAUUUUUACUCAAGCAGGUGUCGAGAAGCCAAAGCAGCCAUUGCAAUGUGCGCCUUUAAUAUGGUGCUUUAUGCAGCUUCAUUGACACUAUUGGUGCUAAAUUGUGUGAUUCCACUAAUUUCGUCGCACGGAGCACCAUACUUGUGGCGCUAUGCAUCGGACGCUGAUGCUACGUUCGACCAGGGAACUGGUUUGCUUAUUUACAGUUCUAAUACUUGGGUAGCAGAUCCUGAAGCAGAUGUCAAUAGACAGAUUACAGCGUCUUCGGUUGAGACCCCUGUCGGUGUAGAGAAACCAAUCGAAGAGUCGGAUCAAGCUUUGUUUCAAGGAACCCUGGUUGCGGAACCCAUUAUCCCGGAUCCUACCCUGACUACCACAGCCGAUCCGGCCAUCGAUGUGCCACUGAACGCCCAUGUUCGCUAG